UCUGCCCUUUGGGGGCUCCCCCAGUGGCUCCUGACACAUUUCUGUCCUUUAGGGGCUCCCCCAGUGGCUCUGACACGUUUCUCCCUUGUUUUGGGGGCUCCCCCAGUGGCUCUGACACGUUUCUCCCUUGUUUUGGGGGCUCCCCCAGUGGCUCUGACACGUUUCUCCCUUGUUUUGGGGGCUCCCCCAGUGGCUCUGACACGUUUCUCCCUUGUUUUGGGGGCUCCCCCAGUGGCUCUGACACGUUUCUCCCUUGUUUUGGGGGCUCCCCCAGUGGCUCUGACACGUUUCUCCCUUGUUUUGGGGGCUCCCCCAGUGGCUCUGACACGUUUCUCCCUUGUUUUGGGGGCUCCCCCAGUGGCUCUGACACGUUUCUCCCUUGUUUUGGGGGCUCCCCCAGUGGCUCUGACACGUUUCUCCCUUGUUUUGGGGGCUCCCCCAGUGGCUCUGACACGUUUCUCCCUUGUUUUGGGGGCUCCCCCAGUGGCUCUGACACGUUUCUCCCUUGUUUUGGGGGCUCCCCCAGUGGCUCUGACACGUUUCUCCCUUGUUUUGGGGGCUCCCCCAGUGGCUCUGACACGUUUCUCCCUUGUUUUGGGGGCUCCCCCAGUGGCUCUGACACGUUUCUCCCUUGUUUUGGGGGCUCCCCCAGUGGCUCUGACACGUUUCUCCCUUGUUUUGGGGGCUCCCCCAGUGGCUCUGACACGUUUCUCCCUUGUUUUGGGGGCUCCCCCAGUGGCUCUGACACGUUUCUCCCUUGUUUUGGGGGCUCCCCCAGUGGCUCUGACACGUUUCUCCCUUGUUUUGGGGGCUCCCCCAGUGGCUCUGACACGUUUCUCCCUUGCUCUGCAGAUCACUGGCGUUAUCCUGCUGGCAGUGGGCGUGUGGGGCAAGCUGACCCUUGGCACCUACAUCUCUCUGAUUGCUGAGAACUCCACCAAUGCCCCGUACGUGCUCAUCGGGACGGGCACCACCAUCAUCGUCUUCGGGCUCUUCGGCUGCUUUGCCACUUGUCGUGGCAGCCCAUGGAUGCUGAAGCUGUAUGCCAUGUUCUUGUCCCUGGUGUUCCUGGCUGAGCUGGUGGCUGGCAUUUCAGGGUUUGUCUUUCGCCACGAGAUCAAGGACACUUUCCUUAGGACAUACACUGAAGCAAUCCAGAAUUACAACAAGAACGAUGAGCGGAGCCAUGCAGUGGAUAACGUACAGGAAAGUCUGAGCUGCUGUGGCAUUCAGAGCUACACCAACUGGAGCACCAGCCCUUACUUCUUCAAGCACGGCAUCCCUACGAGCUGUUGCAUGAACUCCAGUGACUGUAACACUCAGGAUCUGCGCAACAUGACCGUGGCUGCCACCAAAGUAAACCAGAAGGGCUGUUAUGACUUGGUGACCAGUUUUAUGGAGACAAAUAUGGGAAUCAUAGCUGGAGUGGCUUUUGGGAUUGCAUUCUCACAGUUGAUUGGGAUGCUGCUGGCAUGCUGUCUGUCCCGGUUUAUUACUGCUAACCAGUAUGAGAUGGUGUAACAAGUCUUUCAAGAGGUGUGGAGUCCAGAGCCUGUGUGACCACCAGGAGCUGCAGAGCCGGAGAAGGACUGACAUGAAUGUUCUAGCACACACUGUCUCUCGCACGCACGCACACCCCACGAGCGACCCCGUGCGCGCGCACACCGCUCCCCACUCCCCGUGUCCCAUGCGUAGUGUCCCAUCCUGUGAAGUUCCACGGUGCCCCCGAGAGCCCAGGAGGUGCCCUCGGCCUGCAGAGCCAGCCCCUGUCCCCGCGGCCCGGCCCAGGCACCGUCUGUAUGUUCUUGGUCACACACUAGUUGCAUCGUAAGUUAACAAAGGUAACUCAUUAACAGCAUUGAUCGGGCUGUGCAUGUAGUGACUGGAGGGCAUAAUUAGCCUUUCACCAUGGUUAAUAAGUGUUGCACACGUUCAUAUAAACCGGUAUAUGAAAUAUAUAUUCUUUUGGUUUUAUCUUAAUUUCUUGGUUUGUUUCUUGCUUUACUAAGGUUUCCAUCCUUUCCCCCCCUCCCCCUUGCGCCUGUCCCCCUUUCCCCGAAAACAAAGGAAUCGGUAAACAUAACAUAAAGAUACUUGAAAAUGAUGUUAAAAUGUUGUGCUUGAAGGGAACUGUUAUUCCUGAUGUUCUUCUACAUCUUUGAUUCUUACUCAGUGUUGUAUGCCUAGUGCGUAUCCCGGUAGGCUUUGUCUAGUGCAUUUUGCCUCGGAACCUGAUCCUGUGUAAUACUGUUAUUAAGCUGUGUUGUUGCUUACUGUGAAGGCAGAAAUUUUUGCUCCCUAUAUUUUUAUUACGUAGCUAUGAACUAAUUGAACUGUGCUGUACUGCGGCCUUCAUACUUUUUUCCUGUUCUUUCUUUUCUUUCUUUCUUUUUGCAUUGAGGUUGCAGCCACCAAAUACAUUGUUGAAUCAAAUCGAAAUAAAAAAACACACACACACACAGACACAAAAAAAAAAAAAAUCACAAAAAAAAAUCCAGUCAUAUGAAAUAUUUUUGGGGGAAAGCAAAAGUUUAAAACCUUUUUAAAAAAAUAGGACUUUUUUAAUAAUGCCUCUGUCUAGCAUGCCAACGAGAAUGCAUUGAUAUUGUGAGUAUUUGUGAUAUACGUAUUAAUAAAUGGAACCAUUACAGA